AUGGCUUCUCUUGGUGGUAACAUGUUGCCCCUCGACUUCGAUCUCAAAACUACCUUUGCUGGACUCAGCGCUGUCGCUCUUAGCGGCUUGCUGUUUUCCAAGCUUCUUUCCAAAAAUGAAGAGAGCACCGAGGCUCCUGGCCUCUUCAAGUCCUUCUUCCUCUUCUUCUACUCCUGCUUCAUCAAGCCGCACAGUGGCGACAAGAAGGGCAAUCAGCAAGAUGCCCUAGAGAGCUUCUACAAGAAGCAAGCCGGCGCUUACGAUGCAACCAGGAAGGUCCUCCUGCAAGGUCGGGAGGACAUGCUUGCGCUUGUCGCAGCGCAACUGAAGGCGAAGGCCCUUGAGAAGGGCACUAAGAACGGCGAGAAGACGAAGCGCAUCUGGGUUGAUGUUGGAGGAGGAACUGGCUGGAACAUUGAGGCUAUGUCCAGCUUUGUCAACGUUCCCGAGUUCUUCUCUAGCGUCUACCUCGUUGAUUUCUCUCCAUCACUCUGUGAGGUUGCCCGACAGCGCUUCGAACGCCUUGGCUGGAAUAAUGUCAAGGUCGUUUGUGAGGAUGCGAGAAAGUUCCGCUUGGAGGAUUAUGAAAAUGAUCUCCCGAACAAUCGCAUUCACCCGCGUUCCCCCGUCUUGAGCUACUUCUCCCACAAGCGCGCCGAGCAUGGCGGUGCCGACUUAAUCACCAUGUCGUACAGCUUAUCAAUGAUUCCCGACUACUACUCAGUUAUCGACUCGCUUAUAUCUCUCUUGUCUCCUGACGGUGUAAUGGGCGUCGUCGACUUCUACGUUCAGUCCAAGAUUGACUUCGCUUUCCGCAACUACACUGGUGGACUUGUGGGACGCCACGUCAACUGGUUCCUUAGAACCUUUUGGCGUGCAUGGUUUGACGUUGAUCGAGUCGGCCUUGAGGCAAGCCGCCGGGACUACCUUGAAUACAAGUUCGGCAGCAUUCUCAACAUCAACACACGCAACUACACUCUUGGCCGCAUCCCGUACUACGUAUGGGUUGGAUGCCACAAGAAGCCCUUCUCUUCCACGAGUCUCCCCCAUGAGAUUAUUGAGAAGAUCGAUGCCCUGGCUACUGAAUCCCCUUAUCUCUUCCCUGCCAACCAAGGUGAUGCGCUCACCCGCGCAAUCGAAAGAUCUGCGCCUGAGAUCCGUUCCAAAGCCUUCAUGGCCGCAAUUCAGAACCUCUCUGCAAACUUGCCCUUGCCUUCUUUCUUUUACCAGAAUCACCACUGGCGCAUCUACUACGACGAUCAGCUUCAGAAGCACACUCAGUUCAACGAUGAGUACAUCUAUGCCUUCACGUGGGAGGACUCGAGAGUUGAUGAGCGCCUUCUCAAGCUUGGCUCGGACGAUGUCGUGUUGGCCAUUACCAGCGCUGGUGAUAACAUUCUCUCCUACGCGAUGCAAAGCCCGGCCAGGAUCCACGCCGUUGACCUGAACCCAACACAGAACCACCUUCUUGAGCUCAAGGUUGCAUCAUACACCGCACUCCCCUACGAGGACUUCUGGAAGCUGUUCGGCGAGGGCAAGCAUCCUGAAUUCCGCACUCUACUUCUUACCAAACUCUCUCCCCACCUGUCCAGUCGAGCCUUCCAGUAUUGGCUCAAGAAUGUUCACGUCUUCUCCAACACCAAGGGCUAUGGUCUCUACGACACCGGCGGCUCCCGCCACGCCAUUCGAGUCUUCCGUUGGAUCUCGCGCAUCUUUGGAUGCCGCGCCGCUGUGAAGGAGUUCCUCUCCACAAAGACUCUCAAUGAACAACGCGAGGUCUGGCGAAACAAGAUUCGUCCCGCUUUGCUCUCCAAGCUCGUCUGCAACCUCGUCGUCAGCCAGGAGAGCUUUCUCUGGGCCGCUCUCGGAGUUCCCAAGAACCAGCUCGCCAUGAUUGAGAACGACCAUGCCGAGAGCGAAGCUGUUAAGGGGCCCUCCCCUACGGCUCGCAAGGUUCGUUCCCAUGCUAUCUGGCGCUACAUGGUCAAUACUCUCGACCCCGUCGCCGAGCAGACACAUAUCGCCGAAAACAAUCCUUACUACCAUGUUUGCAUGACUGGCGACUUCACCCGCCGCUGUCACCCGGACUACCUUUCCGAGAAGGCUCACGCCAAACUCUCGCGCCCCGGUUCCUUCGACGGUCUUCGCAUCCACACGGAUGAGAUCGACGAGGUUAUCAACCGCAUAACCCCUGGCACGUUGACCGUUGCCGUCAUUAUGGACAGCAUGGACUGGUUCGACCCUGGGGCCUCUGCCGCUGCUGCCCAGAUUACGAAGCUCAACCGCGCUCUCAAGAUGGGCGGUCGUGUCCUCCUGCGCUCGUCCGCCCUGAGCCCCUGGUAUAUCAAGGUGUUUGAGGCACACGGCUUCUCUCCUAAGCGUGUCGGCGCCCGUACCGACGGUGCCUGCAUCGAUCGUGUCAACAUGUAUGCGUCGUGUUGGAUCUGUACUAAGGUAGAGAACCUGCCACCACCGACACCCGAGAUGGAUCGCAUGGGCGGUUCCGAGAUCACUAGCUUCUCUCUUUAA